ACAAGUUUGCGGAAUUGUUUCCUCAACCUUGAAUCGUUAUAUAAAUAUAGAUAAGUGUGAUACUACUGAUAUAGAAUAUAUGUCGGAUUGCGCAAUUCUUAGUUGUAUUCUAUCACAGAGUGUUGAUAUGGUAGCUGGAAAUCAUGCUAGCAAACAAAUUUUUCUAUUUUUUAAAAAAUAUUUCCUAUAAUGGUGAGAUACGAAAUCAUGUAAACAAAAUGGUUUCGAGAGAAUUCAGAAGUAUUCACGAUCUCACUAAAAGUAUAGUUAGUGGAGCAAGUACGGUGUCUGUCGAUGCCAAAGCCAGACAGUUUUGCAUCAAGUACGUAAAUUUGUCUUCUGAAGAAAAAAAAGACUUAUUUAUUCAUUUAACAAAGUACUAUGGUGUGGAUCAUAAUCUCGUACUUCAAAUGUCGCAAACUAUCGUGAGUAAUAAAGACAAGGGAGAAUGCUUCAGAAUGAGAGCCGAGGAAAAGCUUAAAACCGCUCUUAUGCCUUCUUACCAAGAACUAUUUAGUCGCAUAGGGAGGCUUGAAAAAGGAGUUAAAUUUCUUGUGGAUUUGCGUACUGAUUUGUUGGAUUUGAUAGCUCUGGUUGAUAAUAUUCAUCCGUAUUUUUAUCAGUUAAAAGCAUUAAAUGCGACUCUACGUGAUCUUCUUUCGUUAUGGUUUUCGGUUGGAUUUUUGCAAUUGGAAAGGGUUACUUGGGAUUCGUCCUGUGACAUGUUACAGAAAAUAUCCGAAUAUGAAGCUGUCCAUCCCAUGAGAAGUUGGACCGACCUCAAAAGCAGAGUUGGAUUGUAUCGCCGAUGCUAUGUAUUCACUCACAGUAGUAUGCCUAAAGAACCGGUAGUCGUACUGCAUACGGCACUUACAAAUGAGAUUGCCUCGUCAAUUCAAUCAAUUGUCAUUAAUCAAAGAAUGCACUCUGAAGGAGAUAUUAAUUUAACUUUGAACAGAUUAGAAGAUCCAAAAAAUAUAAGUGCAGCAAUUUUUUAUUCAAUUACAUCAACUCAAAGAGGAUUACAAGGAAUCGAAUUGGGAACACAAUUAAUAAAAAGAGUUGUACAAGAAAUUUUAACAGAAUUUCCUCAUCUAACUCAGUUUUCGACUCUCUCGCCUAUUCCUGGAUUUAAAACUUGGCUUAUGCUUGAAAUUCAAAAAUAUGAGAAACAAGAACAAACUGUAGAAAACUUUUUUACAAAUGAUGAACUUUCUAUUUUAGAGAGACAUCUUGUGGAAAAUACAUAUUCUGUGAUCCCAAGACUAAAAAAAUUAUUAAGUAGUAAUAGUUGGAUAAAUGAUGAAAUACUUUCUAACAUUUUACAUAUUCCUUUAAUGAGAAUUUGUGCUCAUUAUUUAUAUAAAGAAAAAAGACGUGGAUAUGCAUUAAAUAAUGUUGCUAACUUCCAUCUAAGAAAUGGUGCAGUUCUGUGGAGACUAAACUGGAAAGCUGAUCUUUCACCUAGAGGUCUUGACAAUUCUUGUGGUAUGAUGGUAAAUUAUAGAUAUUUUUUAGAUAAGGUAGAAGAAUUUAGCUGUAUGUAUGUGGAAAAACAGGAAAUCGAAGCAUCAGAUCAAUUUAUUCAACUAUUAAAACCAAUAUCCUUUUCUUCUAGUCUUUAACAUGUUAAGGUUUUGAAGAAAACUUUAAAAUAAAUUAAAAUAUUUCUAUAUACAAUUUCAUUUUCUUUGUUGUAUUUACAAAUUUUUAAAUCCUACAUAUAAAAA